UUCACACGAACAGAUUCUGAAAGACAUCAUGGAGGCCGGUGCAACUCUGCUGCUGCUGCUGCUCUCGCUACUGAGUCCUGCUUCCACUCUCAGCUUUUACGGAGACGGCAUCAGUUUCACGCCUUUGAAGAAGCAGAGUGAUGGAACAAUUAAGGUGACCCUUCAUCACAGGCUGAAUGGCAGAAGCGACUGUUCGAGGCAGUCCUCCCUCUCAUGUGAGGCCGGAGUGUGUACGAGCUUUAACAGGUCGAGUGUUCUGGACACGGACGAGGACAGCACCGGGCAGGACAGGUGGUGCCAGUCUGAAGUGAAGACGACAGCAACCGUCUCUACUACGAAACACAGCUUUUCUCUGAGGGACUCGGGCUGCUGCUGGGUGUCUAAUGUCAACGGGAAAACCAACUGGAUGUCUGACGCAGAGCUGAACCUGGGAACUCGAUCCGACUCGCACACCCUCAACAGCUGUCCAGUGACCGCCACCGUGUCGUCUCUACGGGUCCCUCAGAACUGUUUCUCCAGACUUCGUCUUCUGGCACAUGAUCCAGACGGAGAUCUUGUCAGAUGCAAGUUUACGUCAGAAGCUUCCGUUUCCCCAAACUUUGCUCUGGAUGAGGCUGCGUGCACACUGACCAGCACGGGUCAAGUCGGUGUCGGCGUCCACGUGUUUGAGGUGACGCUGCAGGACUUUCCAAAGCAAAACAUCACCGUGACGUACGCAGAUGGAACGACAGAAUCGGACAUGACGGCGUCACCUCUGUGCAAAGUGAAGCUGCAGUUCUCAGUGGAGGUCCUUCCUGCGAUACCAAAAUGUGAGGCGGGUCACGUGCAGCCCAUGUUCCUGUCGACGACUCCUUCACAUGGCGAUGUCCUUUAUGCCACCGUGGGCCAGAACUUCCUGCUGAAGGCCGAGGCGCAGGCGCAACACUCCAGCAUUCACGACUUCCAGGUCAGCGGCCCCGACAACAUGACCAAAGUGUUCAGAGACGAGGAGAACGGGAAGGCUGAAGUGACUCUGAGCUGGACUCCUCAGCAGGAAGACCUGUACAGAUUUGUCCCGGUCUGCUUCACUGCAGAGACGAAUGAAACCCAAUCAGAUAUGAGGUGUGUUGUCGUCCUGGUGACCCAAGCGUCUCUCAUUCAAGGCAAAGCCAUUGUUGAGUGCUCCCCCAACAAGAUGGUGGUGUCCCUGGAGAAAGCCUCCAUGCCCGACAUCGACAAGAACUUCCUCCGGCUGAGAGACGAGUCGUGCUCUCUCACCUCCAACAGCACUCACAUCACCGGCAGCAUGUCGUUCAGCACCUGCGGCACCAAGUUCGAGGAUAAAGGCGACUUCAUCGUUUUCAACAAUGAGAUCAACUCCUUUGAGCUGCCCAACGAGGUUAUCGUCCGUCGAAAGACUGUGAAGAUCGGUUUCUCUUGCCAGUUUCCCAAAACCAUCAGCAUCUCCAGUUACUACACCCUCAAAAAGUCUGAAUACAUUUUCACCGAGUCCAGCUUCGGCAGCUUUGGCUACUCUUUUGAGAUAUACAGAGACAGCAACUUUACCAACAGGGUGGAGGCCAGCGCCUAUCCAGUGCAGGUGAAGCUGAUGGAACCACUUUACAUCGGAAUUCAAGCUCAGUCCGACCUGCCAGAUGUGAAACUGUUUGUGGAGUCGUGCAAAGGAACUCCUGAUGACAACCCUGAAAACGCCCUCUCCUACGACCUCAUCCGCAACGGGUGUAUCCAGGACGAGACACUUAAAGUCCACACAUCCACCAACGAUUCGUUCAACUUCGAGGUUCAAGCCUUCAAAUUUACUGGAAACUUUGACCAGGUGUACAUCACCUGCUCCGUCAUCCUGUGUGAGCCCGGCAGUCCCUUCUCCAGAUGUGCUCAGGGCUGCCUGAAGACCGCAUCCAGACGCAAGAGAGACCUGAGCAAAGAGACCGGCAGCCAUUACAUCAUCCAGGGUCCUCUGCAGGUCGUCGGGCAGGACGUCCCCGAUGCAGCCGUGGACAAUCACCUGAAGGAUGUGAUCAGCGACAACGAGACGCCCAGAGAAGUGAUUCCUCCAGAAGUUCCUUCCGAUAUCGAACCAAGCGGAGGAAGUAGGAGAUUCAAGGAGAUCCUCAGCACCAACAUCAGCACCGUGGUGUUCGCCGUCGGCUUCUUGGUCUCGCUGGUGUUGAUGGCUGUGCUCGUUCGUUACUUCAGCAGGAAGAGAAGAGCCGAAGACCGCAAUGCUCUUAUCGUCUCUGGCUGGGACAACUAGACCCAGAUAAUCUCAACUGAUCUCAGACAUCUUGCAUGUUAUUUUUUAUUAUGUCAAAGGAUGUUUUCACAGUUAUUAAAAGCCUGUCUUCUAAACGAUACUCUCGUGGCGGCACAGUGAAAUGUUUUUUCUUUCUCUGCUGCAAAAACAUAUUCCAAAGUUUAUCUCUGAUCAGCUUCAGAUAAACUUUGGAAGAUAGUUUAGUGCAGAAGGAGGACUGUUGUAUCAACUCUCAGGAAAAGUUCACCCCAAAAAAUGAAAAGUUUCGCAGUCCACUAAACAAU